CUCACUCCUCAAGUAUGAAGAUACCGCCCAAGGGGAAGACUCCCCUCUCCCUCGCCAUCAUCAUCAUCGCCGUCAUUGCCUUGAUGAGUGCAACUUUCACUGAGGACCUUCGUGUGCUCACCGGCACAUCCACCUUUAAAGCCAAAGCCGCCGCCGCCGCCUCCUCCUCCUCCUCUACCUCCACCUCCACCUCCACCUCCGUAGAGAGAGAUGUUAGUUCACGCGAAACUAGCGAAGCUGUGGUGGAUGAGGAAGACAAAAUUGAGUUCAAACGAAAGAAGUGCAGCACCACCAAAGGAAAAUGGGUGUUCAAUAGCUCCAAGGAGAUGCCCUACACCGACGAAAGUUGCCCUUAUUUAGACAAACAACUAGUGUGCCAGAGGAACGGGAGACCGGAUGACAAGUACUUGUAUUGGGAGUGGGAGUUGGACGAUUGCACAUUGCCAAGAUUUAAUGUUGAAAAUGUGCUACAAAAGUUGAGAGGGAAAAGGUUGAUGUUCGUCGGAGACUCGCUUCAAAGAGCUCAAUGGCAAUCAUUUGUGUGCUUGAUACAAGCUCACAUACCUCCCAAACGGAAGCUCAUCAAGAGGAAUGAAGCCAAUUGUUGGUUCAAAGCAAAGGAUUACAACGCGACGAUCGAGUUCUAUUGGACACCAUUUAUCGUCGAAUCCAACACCGACAAAUACAUCGUUCCCGACCCUAACAAAAGAAUUCUACGAGUGGACUCCAUUUCCGCCCAUGCUCAAAGUUGGGUAGGGGUGGACAUUCUCGUCUUCAGUACCUACACAUGGUGGAUGAGUGUCGAAAGCAUAAAAUGCUCGUGGCAUUCAUUCGUCAACGGAGAGGAAGGUUACGAUGAACUAGAUCGUAGGAUUGCCUAUAGACUUGGUAUCAAGACAUGGGCUAAUUGGAUUGAUUCCUUCAUCAAUCCUAACACCACAAGAGUCUUCUUUGCCACAAUGUCGCCGUCUCACACGAGGAGCUUGGAUUGGGGUAGAGAGGAUGGAAUCCAAUGCUACAACGAGACGAUGCCCGUGGCACGAAGAGGCUUUUCGGGAAGUGGCACCGACAUGGAAAUGAUGCAAGCGGUAACCGAUGUGGUAGAGAGGAUGAAGGUGCCGGUGACGGUCCUCAACGUAACACAACUUACGAAUCACCGGAUCGACGCGCAUGUCUCAGUGUACACUCAAUUGGACGGCAAAGUUUUAUCGGAUGAGCAAAAGAAGAAUCCACAUCGAUACGCCGAUUGCAUCCAUUGGUGUUUACCUGGAGUCCCUGACAUUUGGAACCAACUCUUGUAUGCCUAUCUAUGAAGCAUUUCCUUUCUUCCUGAUUUGUUUUUAAAAUAUAUGUUUUUAAUCAUUUUGCUUGGAUGGAAAUUGAAUUUUAAUCUCUUUAA